GCCGUCGCUCAGCUCAGUCCCAGCCCAGCCCAGGUCCCAGUCCCAGUACAGUCGUAGCCCAUCUCCCGAGCAGACAGGCCAGCCCGUGCUCCAAACGCCCCGCAACAGAACAUGGAGCCGCUCGCGGACGACUUGCUGGUGAUGGUGAUGCAGUACCUGGACGGGCCGGCGCUCCUCGCCUGCCGCCGCGUGUGCAAGAGGCUCGCGGGCCUGGCUGUGCACCGAGACGUGUGGCGACACCGGCGGCUCCGCUACGGCGACCGCUCCCUGUGCGCCGCGCUGCGCCUGGCGCCAUGCCUGCGCGAGCUGUGCCUCUCCCUGCCUCUGGACGGGUGCGCCGUGCGGGCGGCCGCCACCGCUUGCGCCGUGGAAGAGUUGAGGCUCAACAUCUUCUUGGCCCAGACUGGCUCCUUGGAGGCCGCGUUCGUCAUCCGCAACCAGGCGGCGCGCGGGCAGCUUCGGCACCUCACUCUGGUCUUCGACAACGACGACGAAGCCGAGUGCUCUUGGCUGCUGUUCUCGACGGUGGCGUCGCUGAGGAAACUGCAGACACUCUUUGUCCCGAGGUUCCCGUACGACGUGGACAAGCCCAUCUUUGUUCCGCACAGCCCCGUGCCGGCCGUGUCCAAGCCGUCCCUGUGGCGUUUCGAAUGCGAGCUGUCGUCGGAGUCGGAGCCCUUCGUGAACUUCAUCCUGGCCGGGCACGCAGCCACCCUGGAGGUGGUCGAGAUCAGCGGGGUGUCGUCGACCUUCCCGCAGACCACGUCCCUGUUGACCGGCAUGCCGCGGCUGCGCGUGCUGAACUGCCCCCUGCUCCCCGGGAUGGAGGCCCUGGCCUCGAGCACCUUGCUGCACACCGCGAACCUCGUCGUCAUCUCGGAGCUGCGGUCCGCCGUCCAGUCCGCCGCGGAGUUCCUGCGCCGCGCCAAGCAGCUGCGCUUUGUCAUCCUGCACGUGCAAGACGUGGACGCCUGCGUGGACCUGGUGCAGGCGCUGGCCUCGUCCGAGCCCGAGGACUCGUCGACGCCGUCCCACGUGAGGUCGCUGGCUCUCCGGGCGUGCUACAGUACCACGUCGCUGCAGCAGAUGUUCAGCUCGCUCGCCUCGCUGCCGUCCCUGCGGAAGCUCAGGAUAGAAGACCUGGAUGCAGAGGACGUCCCCUGCUGCGCGCACGAAUGGCUGCACUGGGACUCGCUCCAGACGCUCAUGACCAGCAACCGCGACCUGCGGCUCUUAAUGACGUGCGAUGUACCCAAGUUCUGCGAGGACGAGCGCUGCGGUUCGUGCGAGCUCGAGUGCACGGAUACGUCAGAGUGUGCGGGGAUCUUAAAACGUGUUGAAGUAGACCGUGAGACGGAUGAUGAUACUGAUACUGAGGAGGGUACGGUCGAUGAAAAAAGCGGUGUAAAAAAACGAGUGUAA